AGCUACGUCAGGUGUCUUCACCAACACUCUAGGAAAUAAGCCCGUUACGCGUUGUUUUCCUCGUCCAGUCUUCAUCCAGCCUCUUGAGCACUUGUGUCACCAAGUACAGAGAUCAUCAGUCUCUCUUCAUUUGGAUUUUUUGUCGGCUGCAAUUCGCAACAGUUCUUAAGAUCAGUUGAAAUGCGUCAGCCAUCACUCGUGCAGACCUUGUUCCUCCUUGGUUUCGUCUGCUCCUUCACGUCUGCAGGAAUCUUCAAACGUAUUCAGCAAAUUCCGAAUCCUAUUUCAUCUUUCCUGCUCGGUUGGAAGGAGGCGAAUGGUACCAACACGGGUGAUGAUGAAAUCGAAGUGGAAAGCUUGUUGCCUCCACCACUGCCUCCCGUCCUUCCCAACGUGACCAAUUAUUCGCAUUACAAGUCGGAAGGACUCACCGUCAGUUCGACGGUUGUCGUACCCACUGCAGCCGGCGGCCAUCGCAAUGUAGACUUGUGCGAAGGCAACAUCCUCGUUCCAUUGUCCAACGACCGUAAUACGUUGAUUGAAGAGACUUUCAAAUCGACGAAAUUUCCUUACGAACGUUCCACUCCUCUCAUCUGUUCCUGGAAUGUCAGGGUGAGUGACAACUGUCGUCGCGGUUUAGUUACGAUGACCAUCAACAAACGCAGUCGAUUAGCUGAAGUGGAAGGAUGCACCAAAGGAUAUUAUCGAGUCUCACCCUUCAUGAAAGAAGCCAAAAUCUGUGGACGUAUCGAAACCGUACCGGCCUUCCAGUGGUACGUCGAAGAUCAACAACCCGAAAAUGUCACCAUCAGUCUGAGACAUGUCGGACUCAACGACGGCUACUGGGAGGGAUUGUCUUUCACCUUAUCAGGUGAAUGUCUUCCCAACAAAUCCGAUUUAUCCAUCAGCAAAGCUGUGAAAUCCUAUAGCAAUUGGCUGCAUCAGCUUUCCAGGGAAUCUGAAGCACUCGACCUUGUGGUGGUGACGCAAUAACAGCUAAUUGUUCGCAUUCAACUUGACCAUCAAACGCGUGCACAAAAAAAGGGGGCGGAUAUCACUCUGACGCAACCUUCAUGAAGGUCUUCAUUAUACGCCCCAUUUCGGUUUAGAAACAUCAAAAAAAGUUUAUUGUAGGGAGGGGGCAUCAUUUAUUUAUGUGGUCCAUGUAAACCUAAUGUUAUUUAUGUAUUUGUCUGACAUAACUUAUUAUACGUUGGCAUGUAAACGUUUGUUUUUCCAAUAAACAAGAGGGAAAAUGGCACCUGGA